AUGUUCUACUUCCACUGCCCGCCCCAGCUAGACGGGGAGUGCUGUCGCUCCAACACACUGAAUUCCAGCGGCUUUGGGAACCACGCCCCGGCUGAUUUUGACGAUGGAUUUCUCCGUAGAAAACAGCGCAGAAACCGAACAACGUUCACUUUGCAACAGCUGGAAGCUCUGGAGGCUGUCUUCGCUCAGACCCACUACCCGGACGUGUUCACCCGGGAGGAGCUGGCGAUGAAGAUCAACCUGACCGAGGCCCGAGUGCAGGUUUGGUUUCAGAAUCGCAGAGCAAAGUGGAGGAAGACGGAGCGAGGGAGCUCUGACCCCGAAGGAGGGAAGGAGCAGAUGAGUGAGGGCACUCCUCCGUCUCGCAGCCUCAACUCUCAGUCCCCGGUGGACCAGAGCAGAAAACAGAAGGAUCCUCUGGAGAUGCAGCAGAGCAUGAACAGGACUGUGGGUCCUGGUGGUCCCUUCUUUCCGUCUUGUAUACCAGGCUCGCUGCUCAAUUCGGCCACCUACGCCCAGGCGCUCUCUCAGGUCGCCACCCUCAAAGGUAACGGCCUGUGCUCCUGCUGUGUGUCUGACCCCAUGGGUCUGUCCUUCCUGCCGCCCUACGGUUGUCAGGGCAACCGCACAGCCAGCGUGGCCGCCCUGCGCAUGAAGGCUCGGGAGCACUCGGAGGCCGUGCUGCAGUCCGCCAACCUGCUCAGUGCGGCAACCGGGCCCAGUGCCGGCGUGGGAGUCCUCUCAGGGGUCGGCGUCAGCUCGGUCGGGGUGGCAAGGCCCUCGGUGGGACCAGCCAUUGAGGGGCCUGGCUCCAUUGGAAGAGGAGGAGACAGCGCAAGUCCCAGCUCGGCCUCCAAGGUCCAGGUCCUGGGCGGUAGUCCCGACAAACACCCUCAAUGCUCCAAGGAUCCACUGGAGAAGAAGUGA